UGUUUACUUUGCACUUCCACUGAAGAGAAUCUUCAUUUUGAUAUUAUUACUUACAGUAAUCAGCCGCUGUUUAUUAUUCAAUUGUUUCCUCACUUGUAGUCUUAAACUUUCCUAAUCGGGGAGGCUACAAAUGCAUCAGUCCACCCACGCCGUGCCAGUCUGCUGUGCUCUGCCCGAACCUGCUGCAGCAGGAAAACAGCGCUCUUAGCCAACGAUCACUCUUGAAUAUACACUCGAUAAACUACUGAUGGCGAGAAAAUGCAGGCUGACUUACACAGCAACACUGAUGCUGCUUUUAAUAACCUGGAAGGAGAGCACGUAUUGCAAUGGGCUUACAGUGAGUCCUCCGAAGAACCUUGUAAUAACAGACCCGGGGCAUCUUGGACAACUGGAGAUUACAUGGAAUCCCCCAGACAGCUUGCCUAACGUGACAGAGUGCUCAGUACGAUAUCAGCUGGAGUACAACACCUACCGGGAGAGCUGGGCUAGCAUCAGGACAAGUAAAAGGACCUACACCGCUCAGUUUGACCUGAUGAAAGAUGUUAGAGUGAGAAUCUACACCUUGCUGAGUGGGACCUGCACCAACGAUACUAUGAUCAAGAGCACAGACUACACUGAAGUCAUCCAGAAAUCUCCCAGCACAGGUGUUUUGGGUACUGAAGUCCUGGAUUUUAAAUGUGUAUUCCACAACAUGGAGUACACAGAGUGCCAGUGGAGAAGAAGUGAAAAGAUACCAGACAACUCCCUGCAAAAGCUAUAUUUCUGGCACAAAGAACUUGGACAGGCUGAGGAAUGCCCAAAGUACAAGACAUCAGGCGGUGUCACGAUAGGGUGCACAUUUGCAGAUGUACCGCUUCCUGUAUUCACUGAUAUCAACUUCUGUUUAAAUGGAAGCUCUCCUGAGGGGCCACUAAAACCAACGUUUGCCUCCCUGCAAAUCCAGAACCAUGUGAAGUGUGCAGCCACAAAAAAACUGCAUCUGCAAACAGGUCCUGACAAGUUUGAACUACACUGGGAACAUCCAGAUGGAAAGGUUCCUGGCCACUGUCUAGAAUAUGAGGUGGAACACACUCAAGAAGGACCUGAUGGAAAAAAACCAUCGACAAAAUCUCUGCCAGGAGGGCGGACAAGCCUGAGUUUGUCCAUCGACAUCAACAAGACCCACUGCUUCAGGGUUCGGUCUAAGGUGCAUAAGUACUGUGCGAGCACGAGCUACUGGAGUGACUGGAGCCAUCCAGUAUGCCAACCAGAGCAGAAAGACGUGACACCUGAACCAGAUGCCAUAUGGGAUGCCAUACCUGUCUACAUUUACAUCGCUGUUGCCAUUAUUGCACUGCUAGUGCUGUCUCUGUGUGCGUGGGCAAUGUUCAAACUGAAGAAACCAGUGCAAGAGAAAAAAGUGGAGUCUCUGCUUACAUCCCUGUUUGCCAGGCGUCCCCUUCUUGGUCCCACACAAGCCUAAAAAGGCAAGAAAAGCUGUACCUUCCUCCGACGCAAAGAGGACCUCAUAUAAAUAUUUUACUGUUGCACUCCUCCUCAGUCAUUGUUUAGGUUCUGUAGUUUCAAAAGGCACAAUGAAGCACUCAAAGAUGGCAUAGCAUGCAGACAGUGAGAUUGUAAUCACAUGUUUCAGAAGAUAUUACAUUUAGACUGAAGGUCAUAGUUUGUCUGUGUUUGUAUUAUAUCAUAUAACUACAUAUUAUUCCAAUAUACUAUAUUUUUUGUAUUUUUGUGUAUACCUUUCUAUAUAAAUGUUUGAACUGGCCUGUUAACUGGACUGCUUCACUGUACCAGAAAGUAUCCUAUCGUUGUUUACUUUUUAGCUAUGACACUUGCCUAUUUGUUAAGGGAGGAGAACUUACUUUGGGAUUACGUUUUUUAAAUAUGUUUUUUUACUACUUAUGAUUUCUUAUCUGGUUCAUUUCGCAUGGAUUUGUAUUGAUGUUGUGGAGAAAUAACGUUUUUAGUGAAAUCUGUUUGUUGUUUACCUCAUGCCUCAAUUCUUGCCAGUCAGCUCACACAAUAAAGACUGUUUUUGUUUUUGUG